CUUCAUUUCCCUCUCACAACCCCAAAAAUCUCUCUUUCCUUUUCCUCUGUAACAUUCACACCCCUAGCGCACGUUAGCAUCUUCCAUACUCCAUACUCUUUCCAUAGGAUUUUGCAGACAGAGAAAGGGAGAGACGAAGAGAGAGAAACAAUGGCGUCGUCGGCGAGAGUAGAUCUGGACGGAAAUCCGAUAAAGCCUUUGACGAUAUGCAUGAUAGGGGCAGGAGGCUUCAUCGGCUCGCACCUCUGCGAGAAAAUCAUGACGGUAACGCCUCACAUCGUCCUUGCCUUAGACGUCUACAACGACAAGAUCAAGCACCUUCUCGAGCCGGACUCGCUCCCCUGGUCUGGUCGCAUCCAGUUCCACCGGAUCAACAUCAAGCACGAUUCGCGCCUCGAAGGACUCAUCAAGAUGGCGGAUCUGACGAUCAAUCUCGCGGCGAUCUGUACUCCUGCGGACUACAAUACGCGUCCGCUCGACACGAUUUACAGCAACUUCAUUGAUGCGCUUCCGGUGGUGAAGUAUUGCUCGGAAAACAACAAAAGACUUAUUCACUUCUCUACUUGUGAAGUGUACGGGAAAACGAUUGGAAGCUUUCUUCCUAAGGAUAGCCCUCUUCGUAAGGAUCCUGAGUAUUAUGUUCUCAAGGAAGACGCCUCCCCCUGUAUUUUUGGCUCAAUUGAGAAGCAGAGAUGGUCUUAUGCUUGUGCAAAGCAAUUGAUUGAAAGGCUGAUUUAUGCUGAGGGUGCGGAAAAUGGUCUUGAGUUCACCAUUGUGAGACCUUUCAAUUGGAUUGGACCUAGGAUGGACUUCAUUCCUGGAAUUGAUGGUCCUAGUGAAGGUGUUCCAAGGGUUCUGGCAUGCUUUAGUAACAAUCUCUUACGCCGUGAGCCACUCAAGCUUGUGGAUGGUGGUGAAUCCCAGAGAACUUUUAUCUACAUCAAGGAUGCUAUUGAAGCUGUUCUUUUGAUGACUGAAAAUCCUGCCAGGGCCAAUGGCCAAAUUUUCAAUGUGGGCAAUCCUAACAAUGAAGUUACAGUCAGGCAGCUUGCAGAGAUGAUGACUGAGGUUUACUCAAAGGUUAGCGGUGAGCCUCCACUUGAGGUUCCUACCAUUGACGUGAGCUCCCAAGAAUUCUACGGUGUGGGUUACGACGACAGCGAUAAGAGAAUUCCCGACAUGACCAUCAUCAACAGGCAGCUUGGCUGGAACCCCAAGACUUCUCUUUGGGACUUGCUUGAGUCGACCCUCACUUACCAACAUAGGACAUAUGCUGAGGCUAUCAAGAAGGCCAUUGCUAAACCAGCUGGAACCAGCUAAAAGAUAUUCUGUCUUGGGUGGCACUCAAGAGGGUCUUUGCUUAGUUGCUGUUGUUUAGCAGGUGUUUUUCCCUAUUCUUUUUAAGAAUGUGAAGAUAUGUAUAAAUAUCUUAAUGUUCAAAUCGAAUAUACGCUACAAAUUUUUUUUUUUUCCUUCUUUUGUGUAUCCGGGUUUCGCAAGUCUAUAGUAGUUCACCAUUGCUAGAGCUCAGAUAUGUGUUUGGGUGAUCGUCUGAAGAAUAUUUCUAGAUUUUCAUUCAGGGGACACUUGUAUGUCGUAUUACUGAAAUAUGUUACCUGAGCUCGGGCUACGACAAUCUGGGGCCGACCAAAUUAUACGAGGAAAAGCUGUUUAUCUGUUUCUUUAGGGGUUUGCUUUUGUCAUUCCUCUCUAUUUUGUUAAAGGCUGUGUUGUAUUGUUAAGUUUGACCUCUUGAGGCUCAUUAAAAUUAUUUCUAUAA